AUGAAACUCCUUGUCUUCGCCCUCCUCGGAGCUAUUGCUGUCGCCACAACUGCCAUACCUGAAGUUAAUGCGAACGGCGUCAAGUACCAAGGUAUUGAGCGUAACGGAGUCGAGAUAUUCCUGGGCAUUCCAUACGCACAAGACACCAGCGGCGAGAACAGGUUCAAACCUCCUCGUCCACAUGUCUUUCCUCCCGGAGCCACAUUCAACGCAACAAAGCCUGGCCAUGCAUGCCCGCAGCCACUUGGCGUGUUGUUUCCACCUCUUGGGCUUGGCAACAUCACAGACAUCUCCGAGGACUGCUUGAACCUGAACGUAGCGAGGCCGAAGGAUAUGGAUGCAGCCAAGAAGCUACCUGUUAUGGUUUGGAUCCAUGGAGGUAGCUUUUGGUGGGCUUCGAAUACGGAGCCGACUACGGCACCUGAUGGAUUGAUUCGACAGUCCGUGGAGAAUGGUGAUCCGGUUAUCCAUGUGGCAAUGAACUAUCGUCUUGGAUUCUUUGGAUUUGCCAACUCGGGCACUCUAAAAAGCGAGGGCAGUGAGAACGCUGGUCUCCGUGACCAGCGCGCAGCCAUUGAGUGGGUACGCGACAACAUUGAGGCCUUUGGAGGUGACUCGGAGAACAUCACCAUCUUCGGCCAAUCAUCCGGUGGGCUCGCCAUUGGUAUGCAUAUCCUUGCCUACGGAGGCACGAAGCCGUUGCCCUUUCAGCGAGGCAUUGCCCAGUCGCAGUCACUUGAGCCUGGUAUCACUGGAUCGUUUGCUCGAGAUGCUAUGAAGGCGGUGGUCGAUUACAUUGGAUGCAAUGCCACAUCCCUCGACGAACCAGAGACCAUCUCCUGUCUUCGUAAGAUGGACACGGCCAUGUUGCUCAAUGCCUCAAUCAUAACUUAUCAGAGUGGCAUUGCUCAUAACAUUGGGGACGUCUGGUUGCCGAUUGUCGAUGGUGACUUUCUUCCCGCAGGGCCGAGUAAGCUGAUUGCCGAGGGUCGUUUUGGAAACGCAACCUUCAUGUCCGGCUGGCAGCAAGACGACAUGAACUACUACACCAACACCUCGAUCAUAACGGCCAAUGAUACGAACGAAUUCAUCCGCGCAUAUCUACCAGCAAUGCCCGAAGCUUCAGUGGCCCAGCUACUAAACAUGUACCCCGUGGAUGAGUUCAAGGCUAGCGUAAACCUGACCGCAGAAUUCCACCGAUCCGCUCGUAUCUUUCGGGACAUUCUCAUGGUCUGCCCAUCUCUUCACCUCGGAGAAGCAGUCGAGGAGAAAUACCACGGCCCAGUCUUCUUCUUCAACUUCAACCAAACAAUCCUGGAACCGCUUUUGGAACACGAGACGAAUGUGUCCGGCUACGGCGUAGUACACACCUCUGAAUUUGCAUAUAUGUUUGACAGCUUUCGGGCGUAUGACGUGUCGGGCUAUCCUCUGCAUGCGGCCCAGGCGGACCGUGAUCUUGCUGUUCGAGCCAGUCGAUCCUGGAGCACCUAUGCAAGCAAAGGUCAUGCGGUUGCCCCCAGUAGCCCUGAGCAUCCGUCCACCACUAUUCAAGGCUGGGACGGUGCCUUUUCAUGCCCGGGCGGCCCGUACGUGAUGACAAUUGGAGGGCCGAGUGAAGGUUUCUUUGCAUUGACAGGGGUAAACUCGACGGAGGUGGUGCGGACACAAAGGCUGGAGGAGCGAUGUGGAUUCCUGAAUAGUCGCGCGAUUAUUGAGGGCCUCCAGUAUUAA